UUUCGAAAGUUCUGGGGUUUAUAUAUCGGCCCUGGAGAGCAUUUGUCUACACUGACACCCCGACUGUAGACAGACAUGGCCUCAAUCAAGCUCAUCUGUGUAUUUCUCACACUCCUCUGCACGGCCACAGCGAGAUUUGUGGAUACCGAAAAGGUGCAGGAGUUUCUGAAGGUCACUGAUGAUUUUACGGAUGAUGAUGCCUGUCAGGACUGUAUCCAUAUUAUAGAGCUGCUGAAAGAUCUGAUAUCAGAAGGAGAAUUCCAGGAGAAGAUAAAGGGCUUGCUGGAGAAGCUCUGUGACUCUCUGCCCGGAGAAAUCCCCAAAACGUGCAAAGAGCAGGUGGACAAGAACCUUCCUCUGGCCAUCACCUUCAUCAGCAGCAUCAUGAUCCCUGGUGAGGUGUGUGCGUAUCUGGGUCUGUGUGAUGGUCAGAUGAGGGGUCAGAUGAAGGAACUGAUAAUGAAUCACAUGCAGAAGAUUGUGUUGCUCCCUGAUAUUACAGUGAACUCUUCGAUUCCCUGCACUCUCUGCACAUAUGUUACAGAUCUACUGCAGUGUAUCAUACCCAAAACCCAGACUCUCCUGAUUUCCCUGCUGGGGGAUGCGUGUCAGAUCCUGCCUCCGCUGGUUCGUGGCCAGUGUACGGUUUUAGUUAAGACGUAUGUGAAGAUGCUGAUCAACUUCCUGCUGAAUUUCGCCUCCCCAGACAAGCUCUGCUCUGUACUGCGACUGUGUGAGAACUUGGAAAUCCCUCCAUCAGGCGAGUUCUUUCUCUCAGACUGUGACUCGUGUCUGACUCUGGCAGUUCUGACCCGCCUCAGUCUGGGCACUAAUGCCACUGAGCCCCAGGCUGCCUCCUUCCUCCACACCGUCUGCCAGUCUCACCCUGAUGCCCUGCCACAGUGUGAGAGCUUCACUCAGCGCUAUGCUGGCCAGCUGCAGGGGCUUCUGGGUAAAGAGAUGGCAGCUCUGCAGAUGUGUGAGAGGGCGAGACUGUGUGAUGACCAGGCCGGGCCGGAUGCUGCAGGUGACCCCUGUACUCUGGGCCACAGCUUCAGCUGCAGAAACCUGCAGACUGCGCAGAUGUGUGGGGUGGUGGCCUUCUGCCAGCAGAACGUGUGGAACUAGAGGCUGAGAUGAACUCCACGCAACGGACUUUCAGCUCCAGAAGCUCUCCAUAUCUCCUCACAAAACCCACGCUCCCCACUUCCCGAAACCCUCUAUGGUCAUAUUUGCUCUCCUAAUCUCGGCUACAAGUUCAUCCUGAGCCGUGACCCCGCUCUACAAGUCUUCAUGGUCUUUGCUAUUGCCUAAACAAAUAAGAUAAAGCAUCUGUGAUUUUCAGUGUAAACACAUUCUAGUGGAUGAGCUAACAGCACAGUUUACUAUGACCUGACCGCAUUUAUUGACUUAAUUCACGUGAUCUCAGCUCCCCUUUUACAACCACUUGCAUAACCGCCAUUCACGCAGGUCAAGGUUCAUACACAACAUGUCAUGUCAUGUGGCAUGUUUUAGAAAUAUCUAUUUUUAGGGCUUUUUCCAUUUUAAAAUCCAUUAAAAAAUCUAUUCUGUAAGCAGCAGGUUGACAGUUUUCUGCAUAUAAAGUGCAGGAUAAAAGCUUAGUUAAAAAAGUCAUUUUUGUGUGUUAACAGUCUAACAAACUAUUUUUAUUCAUUUUAAACUAAUGAAAGUUUGGUAAAAACGUGAUUGAUUGCUGACCCAGACAUAACCAAUUAGCCAGGACAUGUUGUUUGAUAAAAAUCAAUUUUAGUUCUGAUUGACAACUGCACCAUUAAAAGCUCUUUAUACCAUG